CUCUCUCUCUCUCUCUCUCUCUCCCCCUCUGUUGUCCUGCCCACACUCUCUCACCCUGUCGCACUGAUAUUACCAUGAGCAGCGGUGAACUUUUCACAACUGUUACUCAGCUGCAUCCAUCCACAGCACUAACAUCACACUGACUGCAGGAUGCCCCUCGGAGGGGGAAACAGGUGUGGCUGUUGCCAGAAGACUGUGUACUUUGCAGAGGAAGUCCAGUGUGAGGGGAAGUAUUUCCACAAGUCCUGCUUUCUCUGUAUGGUGUGCAGAAAGAAUUUGGACAGCACCACGGUAGCUGUACACGUGGAUGAAAUCUACUGCAAAUCGUGCUACGGCAAGAAAUAUGGUCCAAAAGGCUACGGAUAUGGUGGUGGUGCCGGAACCUUGAGUAUGGACUCAGGUGAAGGACUGGGGAUCAGACCUGUGGAGCAAGCACCACAUCAUCCUACCAACAACCCCAAUGCCUCCAAGUUUGCACAGAAAUUUGGCAGCUCAGAUGUGUGCCCUCGCUGUGGCAAAGCUGUUUAUGCAGCAGAGAAAGUGAUAGGAGGUGGUAACUCAUGGCAUAAGGGCUGCUUCAGGUGCGCUAAGUGUGGAAAGAGCCUGGAGUCCACCACACUCGCAGAUAAAGAUGGAGAGAUCUUCUGCAAAGGUUGCUAUGCUAAGAACUUUGGGCCGAAGGGUUUUGGGUUCGGCCAGGGGGCAGGAGCUCUAGCCCAUGCCCAGUAGGAAUGCAGUACACAAAAACCAAGAGGAUCUGCUCCAGCUCUGUGCUUGGACUUCAGCAUGCUACACCUACCACAGAGUCUCACGUGCUUGCAGUUUGCACAUGGAAAUGCUUUUAAACCUUUAACUACUCAUUAAAAGAGCAUUAUUUUACAUGGACCAAAUUCCAGAAGCAGCAUGAUUACACUUUCAAUGAGGGGUUUAUCAAACAGAUGAAGUUUUCAUACUGUUUUAUAUCUACUGGGGUUUAAAUUUUCUUAAUGAAUCUUAAAAAUAAUGGAGGUUAACGAUCCUUUAAAACUGCUAGAAAAAGAGCUAAUUUAUUAAGGUGACUAAAUAAAUAUUGCUUUCUUGUUCCACUGAGUCAGCAGUGAGCCACACUAGUGGUUUAAAACACAUUACCUCACUGUGCAAUACUACACAUUAAUACAUAUUACAGUUUAUGCUUCUUUGGAACCUUUAUAAAUUAAACUGAAAGAAACAUGUUACAUGUCUAAUAAUGAAGAAAAUAAUUGUGGAGAAAUGGUCGUACUAAAAUGAUCUCCAAACACUGCUAUAACCUUCCUUCACAGAAGCAUGAUAAACAUGUGCAGAUGACCUGAUUGUUUACAUAUGACAUCAUUUAGACAUCAAAAUGCAGCAAGUGUUGUUAAUGAACAAUGGGGGAUUAUGUCCCCGAGUCUGUCGGCACCCUGACCAGGAGCAUGCUGCCAUGAAGACACAGACACAUAGCUGGCUGAGUGAAUGAUGGAAUCAAAGACUGAGAGAUGCUGAGUGGCAGGUUGUCCUGUGCUAAUCUGAAAUGAAAUACUCCAAAUGUAGGUCUUUCAAUAGACAACAGAAAUACAGAUAUCAGUAAAAAAAAAAAAAAAAAAAAAAA